UCGUAAGCUGUGGUGCAGUUAAAGGACUUCUUGGUUCGUCUGGCAGCAGGCUGUGUUUCGAGCUAAGAAAAAAUGCAUUUUUCCAUACCUGAAACGGAGGUUCGUUCGGGAGAAAAUGGAUCAACAUAUGUGGCCUACAACAUCCAUGUCAAUGGUGUGCUGCACUGCCGGGUACGCUACAGUCAACUUCUCGGCCUCCACGAACAGAUAAAGAAAGAAUAUGGCAGCAAUGUGGUGCCUGCCUUCCCUCCAAAGAAGAUCUUCACACUGACUCCUGCUGAGGUCGAACAGAGACGAGAACAGCUGGAGAAAUACAUGCAGGCUGUGCGUCAGGAUCCCUUGCUUGGAGCAAGCGAGAUGUUCAACAGCUUCUUAAGGAAAGCACAGCAGGAGACGCAGCAGAUUCCCACAGAAGACGUCGCUCUAGACAUCUGUCUCUCCAACGGUCAGAAGGUUACAGUCAACAUUCUGACCUCAGAUCAGACAGAGGAUGUCCUUGAUGCUGUUGCCACAAAGCUUGAUCUCCCAGACGACCUUGUGGGUUACUUCAGUCUCUUCCUUGUCCGUGAAGGUGUGGACGGAGGUUUAACAUUCGUGCGGAAGCUGCAGGAGUUUGAGCUGCCUUAUGUAUCCAUUACCAGCCUACGGAGCUCUGAAUUUCACAUACUCCUACGGAAAAGUUACUGGGACAUGGCGUACGAUGGUGAUGUAAUGGACAACAGAGUCGGCCUGAAUUUGCUAUACGCCCAGACAGUGUCUGACAUUGAGCGAGGCUGGAUACUCGUCAACAAAGACCAGCACAGGCAGCUCAAAUCACUGCAGGAGAAGGGUUCCAAGAAAGAAUUCAUCCAUCUAGGUCAGACACUCAAAUAUUAUGGCUAUAUCAAGUUCGACCCAUGUAUCACCGAUUUCCCCGAAAAGGGUUGCCAAGUCAUCGUCAGUGCCGGAAACAAUGAGCUCAACUUUCACGUCAAGCUGCCCAAUGAACAGAUGAAGGAAGGAAGCUUCAAGGUCACGCGCAUGAGGUGUUGGCGAGUCACGUCCUCUCAAGUCCCAAUAGCAAACGGCACAACCAAUCCCUGCAGCUCGGCCAAAUGUGAGGUCAAACUGGAGCUGGCCUUUGAGUAUCUGAUGAGCAAGGACCGCCUCCAGUGGGUCACCAUCACCAGUCAGCAGGCUAUCAUGAUGAGUAUCUGCCUUCAGUCUAUGGUUGAUGAAUUAAUGGUGAAGAAGUCAGGCGGCAGCAUAAAAAAGAUGCUGAGGAAACGACACAACGGCUCCAUCCACCGGCCAGACAGUCAGCAAGCUGUGAAAUCUCCCCCUCUACUGGACUCCCCUGACCCGAACCGUGAACAAAUCGUCAAACUCUCGACCAAGCUGAGCUCGGUGUCCCUCCGAGGGAUCAGCGCCUCCAACUCAGCAAAUGACAUCAGUGGCAACGAUUUCCAUGGCAACUAUGCUUUCGAAGGUAUCGGGGACGACGACCUGUAACCCCUGAUUCUCUCCCCUCCCCCUCCUCCUUCUCCCCCUCCCCCUCCAUCCCUCUGUCAACGACUGGGACGACAAAGAUUACAAGCUGAGCUGAGCCGAGCCGAGCGGAUCACGCAGGUGUCCGAUUCUGCAAGAUUGUAGCUUCCUCCUGGAGAAAUCGCUGCCUUAAGCUCUCAUUUAAUCUUUGACGGUGUCCUUUCUUUCAGACUCUAAAAAAGCUCAUCUUGAUAUUUGUGUUUUAGUUACAAUCAUCCUAUCCAAAUUGAAACUUUAUCCCUAUGUUAUUUAACUUGUCGCAGCAUAAAUAGCACAUAACGCUACAGGUACAUAGGGAUGCUUUCUAUAUGUUACUGUUUCAUUCACAUGGAUUACUGUUUCAUCGACAGUAUGUGUGAAGUUCUAUAAUACAGUUAAAUUCUUGAGGUACAAAGUAAAUUAAUAUAUUAUAAACUAAACAGAUGAAGAAAACCUGCUAGAUCCUGGAUUCUUCCCUUGGUGGCUGCAUGUUCCUUUCCAACCAGAGAGCCAAAUGUUUAGUUAGACCUGGCACUAGUGAUUAUACAGCAGAGCUGGAUGCGGAUAGUUCUCAAAAUGACCCAGAGUCCAGUGAAUGUGUUGAAACUGAUCUCGGUCGAGCAAUUAAAACUGUAGACUAUACAGAGCUUACAUAUAUGGUUGAUCAAUGUUUGGCUUGGCUAUAUACCAAAAUGUCAUGUUUUUAUACUGUUAGUGAUCCUCUGUGUGUCAUGCUGUUAACGUGCCAUGUCAGUAAAUAUCUUAGCAAGAUACCAAGUGGUGUCGUCAGCUUAACAUUUGAGGCACAGUCACUCGUACUGCCUUCAGAAAUAGUCUGAUGCCUUAACUUUUACUUUAUUGCCUCGUGGGGGGUUACCUUGUCCUUUUAACAAGACGUUGGUUGAAAGUUUCAAAUAAAAGUUAGUCGGUGUUAGGAUCUUGCAGAACUUGAUAUAGAUGGUUGCUUUGGCCGAGCUGCUUGCACUUGCUGAACCCAUCGUUUUUGCACAGUAUUACAAGUGGAGAUGAAUGUUUGAGUGGAAGCUUGAGCAUGACUUUAAACAUUGUGUGGAGAUUUUUCCAGGGGGCUCUGUAAAUCCAUCUAUGAUUUUUUUUUUUUUUUUUUUUUAAUCAAUUUUUUAAGGUUUCUCAUAAAUGCCAAAUUAUAGUUUACUAAAGCAUUUUGCACAAAAUAAGCAUAAAAAUUAUGACAAUGUCACUUUUUAUAUUAUGUACAUGCAAUUAAGUAUUCUGAACAGUUACUAAUAUCUUUAUCAUCAAUAGCUAUAGUAAUCAAAUAGAUCAAAUGUAAUCUAAGUUGUAUAGAACAAAAAGUUUAAAUGGGCUAACAUUUAUCAUUGUUUACAUAAUGUUUAGGGGACUUUUUUUUUUAGUUGAAAUGGAAAGUGUUUACAAAAUUUUUGAUCUGAUUUUCUCUGUCUAGUUGGUUUUGGGUGAGUGAUGGGGAGAAUUCUUCGGGGCUUCAGUUCAUUGUAAUUUGUACAUACAUCGUGCCAAUCAUCUCAGAGGAUUUAGUCGAAAAGGUGCUUUGGUUAAGUGGCAAGUGUGAUCACGAUUGCUGGAGUGAACAAAGUUCAUGGAUUGCAGGCAACAAAAUGAACAUAUCCCGCUCUUUUGUACGACAUGACAUUCCAUUUGCUGUUAGCUUCAGUUAUUUCAAAAAACUGUGUUUUGAAGCCUCUAAAUGUAAAUCAACGAUUGCCUAUUAACAGCUUUUUUUCUCACUGGUAGCCAGAACUGUAAACAAAAAUGUUCUCAACAUAGAAGCAUCUCGCUCGUUCACUCCUGUGCUUCUUCUUCUGUCUUAAGUUGCAUUUAAGUAGUAGUAGAGGGAUGUGGACACCAGAUUCAAAUGUCACCAAUUUUUUAUUUCUUUAUUACUGUCUAUACCAUGUAAAUGGAAGCUGCGAGGUCCUGGGUGUUAGUAAAUGUGUAGGUGCCAAAUUACACUUUACAGUGCAUUUUUUUCCCCAUCAGCAUCACUGUUAAAGAAAAAGUCAAAUUUUAUUAAGAUGUAUUGACUUGUUUCAUUCCACAACUUUUCAUUUUGAUUUUAGUGGUAAGGUCAGUGACAACUGUCUGCUCUGUUUGUCAUGAUGCUAAAAUAAACUCUGAAAUUAGGUGA